ACCCGACGUGCACAAGUGUUUGUCAGAGGAGGUGUAUGGUUUGAACGAGCCGGCCACGGGCUGCUGAUUUUAGUUCAAGUUCAAAUUAAAACCAGCGGAAAGAUAAGACAUGUCUGGGAACAUCACGCACGGAGACUGCGAGAAAAUCAACCUGAAUUUUACGCACACCUUUCUGCCGCCCGUGUUCGUCACCGUGUUCGUUGUCGGGACGCUGUCCAACAUCUGGGGUCUGAGAAGCGUGUGCUGCAGCUGGCGAAGCAUCGGAAGCAUUAACAUUUUCAUGCUCAACCUCGGGGUGGCGGACCUGCUGUAUCUGUUCACCCUGCCGUUCCUCGUGGACUAUUACGCGCGCAACAGCCACUGGCGGUUCGGUCAGCCUUUCUGCAAGGUGACCCGCUUCUGCUUCAACCUCAACCUUUACUGCAGCAUCGGCUUCCUCACCUGCAUCAGCAUCUACAGGUACCUGGGCAUCGUGCACCCCAUGAGAGUGAUGGGGAAAAUCACCAGCCGUCACUCGCUGGCUAUAAGCGCUCUGGUCUGGACUGUGGUCAUCAUUCAGAUCCUCCCUGACAUGUUCUUCGAGAAGAAUAGUACAAAUUUAACAAACUCAUGUUUUGACACCACGUCCAGUGAGCUGAUCGAAGACUAUUUGCCUUACAGCAUCGCCUGGACCGUCACUGGGUUUGCCAUACCGCUGGUUAUCAUCCUCGUGUGUUAUGGGCACAUUGUUGCGGUUCUUGCCAGAAAAGCCACCGUCAACCCUCUGCUGAAGCAGCGGUGUCUGAAACUGGUCGUGAUCCUGGUGAUACUGUUCUCCAUCUGUUUCAUCCCCUAUCACGUGUUUCGAAACAUUAAUCUGAAAACCAGGAUUUUGAAAAAAAGUGGCAUUUGUCACGCCAGCUUCCGCAACAUCUACAUUGCGCAUCAGGUGGGCAGAUGUCUGGCGUGUCUGAACAGCGCAAUAAACCCGCUGAUUUACAUCGUUGGAAAUGAUGAUUUCCUCAUGAAGUGUCAUGAGUUCAGUAAGCGGGCUCGGCUGUCUCUGGCUGGCUUGACAGGUGCAGUCCUUUACCGCAAACCCAUGGAAAUGUACUCACGCACAGAGACUCUGGGCGAAACGAUGAAGGGAUAAGACGCACAAUAGGUUCACCUGACAUCCACUUCCCGUGCAGCGGGGUUCUCUGCAUAUCACACGUCACCAGGACUUCCCGAUUCCCUGGAAGAAACUAUAACAGUUGACGCCUCAGAUAUUAAGCCACUCAUCGGUGUCACAAGUCAUCGGGUCACCGAAGUGUCAGCGCGGAGAGACAUUUCCUCAGAACGUGUGGAUAUCUGCGACGGAAGCUCGUGUUCUCAUCUCAGUUACUGCACUGAUUUAUUGCUGCACAUAUCCACUAUUGUAAAUAUUGUGUGCAUCACUGUGCUAGCAUUGUCAGGGACUUGGUGUGAGUUUGUGGUGUAUUGCACUGCCUUCGCACUGUUAUAAGAGAAGCCUUGUGCGGGCCAAUGCUUUGUGUUCUCCAUAGCGUGUGUGAGUGAGACUCUUCACAUUCCACUGUCUGGUUUAUUUAGAGAAAGAGAGGCAGAUUUAACGAGAGGAAGAGAUGUGAGAGCCGCAGUCUGAGCAAUAUUUAACAUUUAUUAAUAUUACAAAUGAACAGUAUCAUGUAUUAUUGCAUGUUCUAUUAUUCCAUCCUUCACACUGAUGAAUUAAGAUGUUAGGCAGUCUUACUCAACAGUCCUGCAAUGAACCCUUUCUUCAUGAAGAAGGUGUUCAUGGCUGCAGCUUGUCCGACUGUACUGUCUGUAUUAUGCUUAGAAGUGUUCCUAUUAUAUUGUCCAUAAGGGUGGAGUGGACCAUUGUAUUAGACUGCAUUAGUUGUAGCUGGGUGUACUUAUAUAAUAAUGUAACAUAUAAUCACCAACACAGCUAUGCACCAGCAGCUUCUCGCUUCAGGCUGUAACACCGCUUCAUCCAUCCUCAGCACUCCAAGUUCAUUAUGAAAAAGAACUGUAUAUAAAUGUUGUAUAUACAGUUACAAUAAAGAGAACUACAAAC